AUGGUCUUAGGGCCAUGUUAUUUACAAUUUUUUUUUAAAGUUUUGUCAACAGAAAGAAUACUUGAUUAUAUUCAAAUAGAAUCUUACUGUUUGGUAAGCUUCUUAGUUACCGUUUUAUCAAUUGGUAAUAAAUUAAAACAAUGUAGUGUUUUGACGUUGCCUUGGGAUCAAAAGGCGUAUCUAGGUUGCGAUAGUCCGGAUUCAAGCGAUGGAUCGACUCAGGUUUCUUCUCAAGUUAUGGUCACUAGUCCCGCUUCGGAACCUCACACACCGCAUUACAUAGUUGCGGAGGGAGCAACAAGGUCCUACACUAGCUUGACCACCGUGAGCACAGCAGUUGCUGAUGACGAAACCGUCGGAGAAGUUUCUACCGUUCAUCCUACUUAUGUGCAAUAUACGGUAGAUGGAACAGAACAAGCCAUUUACGCGACAACCACCAACGGACAAAUAACAUAUCCAGUUUUUGCAGUGGGAGAAAAUUACACGCCUGGAUCUGGACAAUAUUAUACGUCUGGAAAUACUGCGGUUACCUAUACUCAAGUUGCUCAAACUGGGCAAAGCUUAAUCACGGGAAGUACUUAUUUGAUACAGCCAACUGUGGAUCACGAAAGUGCUCAUACGAUAAUAACCGGCUCAAGAACUAGUCCUGAUACAGUAAAUGCUGAUGGGUCUGGUGUUUACAUGGUAUCGUCUAACAAUGCAGUCUCAAUGGAUGGUGAAAGAAUUGACAGUAAUAUAUCUAAUGCCACCCGGGUUUCACCUGCAACAGUUCAAUGGCUUUUAGAAAACUACGAAUGUUUCGAAGGAGUCAGUUUACCGAGAUCAACCAUGUACGCCCAUUAUUUAAGACACUGCAGUGAACAUAAAUUGGAUCCUGUGAAUGCUGCAUCCUUUGGAAAACUUAUAAGAAGUGUAUUUUUAGGUUUAAGAACACGGAGAUUGGGUACUAGGGGUAAUUCAAAAUAUCAUUAUUACGGAAUAAGAAUAAAACCUGGAUCCAGUUUGACUCAUAUAUCAGUAGAUCCCGUUGUAAAUACUCCCAGAGGAGGCGGCGGAGGAAACAACAAAAGAUUUAAACAAACAGCCGGCAUGAAAACCGAAAACCAAUAUGAUUCCUCUGGAAAUCACAAUACUAGUCCUCAAGCAAAUGACAACCAACAGUAUUUAGGUGAUGGAAUUGGAGCCAUUCCAGAAUUCCCUGCCAUAAAACUCAUUUCCUUACCUGAAGAUAAUUCUGAUGUAACAUUAGAAGAUGUGGAUACUUUAAGAAAUAUAUACAGAGAACAUUGCGAGGCUUUCUUGGAAGCGGUUUUGAAUUUAGAAUUUCAAACCAUAGAAAGUCUCUGGAGAGAAUUUUGGAGAUCUCAAGAUAAUAAUAACGGAGAUGAGUGCGAAGAAGAAAAAUAUUUAUCCAAGUCGAAAUUAUACUCUCUGUGCAAAUUGCAACCGAUUCAAGAAUUUAUGCGAUCAGUCGAUUAUGUCUUCUAUCAAAAUAUAGUACAAGUUUUAAUACCGGAUGUUUUGAGACCGAUCCCUAGCUCGUUAACUCAAUCGAUACGGAAUUUCGCCAAGGGUUUGGAAAAUUGGUUGACCGGAGCCAUGAACGGAUGCCCUCAAGAAAUGGUUUUGAUUAAGGUUAUUAUCCCGGUUUCUGCAUUGGCUCAAACUCUUAGACGUUACACAUCUUUGAAUCAUCUUGCCCAAGCAGCAAGAGCCGUUUUACAAAAUUCUUCACAAAUAACUCAAAUGUUGGCGGAUUUGAAUCGCGUGGAUUUUCACAACGUUCAAGAGCAAGCGUCUUGGGUGUGCGAAUGCGAGGAUUCGGUCGUUCAACGAUUAGAAGCGGAUUUUAAAUCGACAUUACAACAGCAAAAUUCAUUGGAAUCUUGGGCUUUGUGGUUGAAAAACGUCGUGGCACAAGUUUUAAAACCUUUCGAGGGAAAACCUAAUUUUGCAAAAGCGGCGAGGCAAUUUUUACUAAAAUGGAGUUUUUACAGGCAAAAAAAUUUUUUUCUAAUAAAUUUUUCAGUGAAUGCUUCUAUGGUUAUACGAGAUCUCACGCUAAGAUCUGCUGCCAGUUUUGGUUCUUUUCAUUUAAUACGUUUACUAUAUGACGAGUACAUGUUUUAUUUGGUCGAACAUGAAGUCGCCUUAGCCACCGGUGAAACUCCAAUCGCAGUCAUGAGCGAGGUAAUUAUUAUCAUUAUUAUUAUUAUUAUUAUUAUUAUUAUUUAA